AGUACUUACCGCCAGUUUUGCAAAAUAGUUUAGAGAAUACUGUUUGUUAUUGGUCGAGAUUUAUAUUUAUUCCAAUAGUGUGCGGAUAAUUAUACUGAUUGUAUUAUUAUUAAACUAAUUCGCGUCGCCGAGAUGGACCGCUUUCUGUUCAGCCAGCCUUCCAGCAUUCUCGAUGGAUUAUCAGACUUGCGGGCGGAGCGUUUUCUGUGUGAUAUAGUCCUUCGCGGAGGUGAUGGAGAACCCGUCGAUCUACCCUGUCAUCGCGCGAUAUUAAGCGCCAGCAGCAGCUACUUUCGGGCUAUGUUUAGGUCGCGUAUGGUGGAAUCGAUAACACAGGCAAUAAUCCCGCUGGUUGAGGUGCCUAACGCAGUUCUGUCGCAAAUUGUUGAUUUUGUGUAUUCCGGAAAGAUUGCAAUCGAGUGGGAAACUGUGUACGAGCUGCUGGACGGAGCAUUGUACCUUGGAGUGGAGAUUGUUGUGGGUGCCUGUUGUCGAUUUUUAGAUCAAAACUUCGAUACGACCAAUUGCGUAUCCAUCUACCAGUUUAUCCGGACUCGAAACUGUCCAAGUUUGGAGAAACGAAUCAAAAGAUUUAUUUUGGCACAUUUGAGCGAGAUUUCUGGCAGCCCUGAGUUCGUUAGCAUGGAAAAGCAAGAGGUUGUGGACCUUUUUAGUUAUGCAGCGACGUGCGGCAUGCAUAUUCCGGAAAGCGUGCUUGUUGAUGGUGUGUCCCGUUGGGGUCGGGAGGAACCAGUCUCCAGGACACCUUAUCUCCGUGAAGUGCUUGACGGGUUGGGCUUACCUUGCUGCACUGGCAGUGCAGAUUCGGGUGAGCAAGUUGGACCUUCCCUGGCUGAACCGGGCUUCACCGUUCCGCAGCUGUCUGAUUGGACAAGAACCAUUCUCUUCGUUGGUGGAACAGACGCAGACGAGAACUGGUACGGGGUGGAUUGUUUUGAUCCUGUAGUUUCGUUGCGGGUACCGAAACGUAAGCUGGCUUGGAUGCCUACAGUCGUUCGCGAUGCUAGGCCUGUGGUGAUGGAUUGUGGUCUCUUCAUGUGUGGGGGAAUGGUUCCAGAAGACGAUAUGGAUACCGUAACGUGUGCAGUUCAGCGGUAUGAUCCCAUAUCUGAUAAGUGGCACCUGAUGCAGGAGAUGCAAGCCGCGCGCGUACAUUUCGGAGCUGUUGCAUUGAACGGAUAUAUCUACGCCGUGGGUGGUUUCGGUUUGGGACAGCCAACCGAGGCACACGGUAAGCCUGGGCGCUGCGAGCUGGAUUCAGUGGAACGAUACGACCCAUGCGGCAAUCGGUGGGAGUUUGUUGCCCCUCUUCCAAUUCCAUUGGCUUCCUUUGCAGCUGUUGCUUGGGGCAAGUAUUUGUACACUUUUGGGGGCAUGUCGCAGAAUUACUCUGUCUGCUGCAUUGUUUGGCGGUAUAAUUCCUUAACUAAUGAGUGGACCAGAAUGGCCCCAAUGCCGAAACCUCGCUAUGGAUGCACUGCCUGCGUUGCGCCAAGUGGGUUAAUUUACGUUAUCGGAGGAUUCAAUGGGCAUCCGCGUGACAGCAGCGCCGUUCGAGACGUGGAUGCGUACAAUCCCAUUACGGAUAAAUGGCAGCGAAAUGGUCCAUUGACGCACUGCCGCGGUCUUGCUGGAGUCUUGCUUCUGGAUAAUAAAAUUUAUGUGAUGGGUGGAAUGUCUGCCUUUUUGGAUGACAUUAUGCAAGAGACUGUUGAAGUUUUGGACGAAACUGAACUGCCUUCUCGUUGGACUGAGCAGGGACAGACCAUAAUUGAAGAACGGAUCGGAUUCUGCCCUGUUGUUAUGAAUAUACCCGAACGUGUAAUUGGUUUAAAUCCUGAUAACCGUACCGCAUCGGCUGCCAGUUCUGAAGACAGUGUACCUAAGCGGUUGCGCGAGGACGAGUACGACCCAGAAGAGAGGCCCCACAAAUGCGUCAGAUUAUAACCAAGCGAUCCUGUGUUCACGUUGUACGGGUUUAAACUCUGCAGAUAUGGCCGGCCUCGGUCCUUGUUUGGGAGUCCUCUGUAUACAAGUUUGUAUAGUGUUUACAGCUUUUUACAACUUGUGUGUAUGUUGUUAUUUUCGUGACAGCAAUGUUUCCUUCCUUCUUUUCAAUGGAACCUCCUUUAAGAUUUAAGUUUGUGUAACGGAUGGUGGAAGUUUCCUUACGAUUUCAUGGACAGAGGUCGCAAACUAAUGUGCACGAUUUUGAUGGCGUAAUAACGUAUUCUCGUUGUACGAUGUUCUUUAAUUCAGCCUAAUA